GGCUCCUGCCUCAAAUCUUGGAGAAGCUCCUGCCAGUCGAGGUAAACAACACUGAGCUAGAGGGACCAAGGGUCUGACUCAGUAUGAAGCAGCUUUCUAUGUUGCUUGUCCUGCUUCCCACAGUGGCCAACUAGAGGCCUCCAGGAAGCCCACGAGCAGGACAUGCAAACCAUCUCUUUCUGUUGGUUAUCACCCAACUGGUUUUCAGAUACUUGCUGCCUCUCACAUAGCACAUAGCCAUAGUGAUUCAUGGCCCCUUAAUUCAUUGAAUCCCUUUAAGCUUGAGGUCAUCACCACCACUUGUGCCAGUGAAACCUAGAAGUCAGUUGCCCAUGGCACAAAUGAAUACUUGGGUCUGUCUCAAAUCUACUGCCAGGCAACUAAAAAUUGGCUGAAUGCCUAUUUUACAAAUAGAGAUCGCAAGGAGCUUGUUGCUCUGUCGGAGCUGAUGCUUAAGUUCUGCUCCUGGAAUAGCUGUGGAAGCCAAGUCUCAGCGUUGUGCUGCCGCCUCGUUCAAUGGAUUGAAUCGCGACGGAUCAAGGGGUUGCUGCCCACAGAAAACACCAAUACGAAAGGAGACGUUUUGGUGGUGGCUCCCAACGCUUUGGAAUCCUUUUGCUGGGAAACGCUAGGCUGGGAAAGCAGGGUAAACAAUAUCCUACAUAAAGUCUCAACAUGAAGAAGUUUGUACUUGGCGGGGGAGUACAAACUGAAGCUGAAUUCCCACUUGCAGGGUGGCCAUUUUGGAAGAGCUCAAGAAAUUGCUAACACUAGGCGUCUUGGACAUCUGCAUUGGGUUUAACUACUAAAACAAAGGGCACAACUUAAUUAGUGGCAGAGUCGAUAUUUGCCACCUGCUAAGUACCACAGCGUGAGGUACAUAGCCAGUAUCUCUGACUUCUGACACUGCCAUCCUACACAGGUCCCUUCUUUACAGUAAUCCAUGGCAGAAACUUGCAUGAAAUCAGCGGAAUAAUUGGGAGCAAACGAUCUUCCUCCAACUUCCCCAACUGUAUAGUGAGAACAUUGCCAGGCUUGCUGUGAACGUUAAUUACAAACGUCGUAAAGCACUUGGGCCACUCAGAAGGCGAAUUUCUAAUUCCGAAGUGUAACACAUAAAAUAACCGUGCCCUUUCAUUGCUAGACAAAGGCUUCAGAAUCCAGCAGAGCUGUCCUUUUGCUGGUCGUCGUCAUGAGAACCAGAACAGUCUUCAAGGCAGUGCCAGAAGCUAAUCCAUCCGCUAACUCGGAAAUCUAGCUGAGCUUCUGCUUUAAGGAAUAAGAGCCACAAGAGCACCCAAAGCUCCUCUAGCUGAAUAUGUCAUGAACACAGAGUCGCUUUGAAAAGCAUUCAGCUUGCUAGAUGCGAUUCAGUGGGUGUCACAGCCCAUGCAGUGCCUGUGAACAGCUAUUCUGGCUCCCAGUGACUGAUCCAUUGAGGAAAGAGGGGGAAACAGACCUCAUCAGGAAAAGAAAUACUAAGUGGAUGGAGGAAAAAGUCAUCUGCUGGUUUUGUCACCGCAGUUGGGAAGGCUGUGUCUUUGUCUUUUCUUGAAGAUGAAGAAGGCUGACGAAGAAACGUGCCGAGAGUAAAGAGCCCGAGAAGAACUAGCGGUGGUGCCAACACAUGUGCAGAGUGCCUUUCUUUUGGCCACCACUAACUUUAGAGUCUGUUUCUUGCAUUACUGUUAACUGCAGGGAGCCCUUUCUCCAGACACCCAGGAUUAAAGAGCAGGGCUUCCAAGGCAGAUUGAAACUUCCGUGGUGGUGGUGGUGGUGGUGGUGUGUGUGGUGCUUGAUCCCCACCUUAAUUUCAGUGGUGCCACAGAUCUCUCGAGCUGAAAUACCAUAAGAUCAGGGUUUCCUUUGCCCCACACACCAUGUAAAAGGCACUUUCUGCCCACUUCUUUGCCAGCUUUCUCUUGCUUGUAUGCACCCACAUGCCAAGACCCAGAAUUCUCUUAGUCUCCGUUUCCCUCCAUCUCAAGGCUGCCCUCCUCCACACUAGCUCUAGGAAUACCUAUACCUCUCAAGCAGAAAUGUGACAUUCCUACAGCAAAACCCUGGCAGAUAAAUGCAGGCCUAGGAGGAUCUUGGCCACCAUAUUGGUCUCCCCAGAAUAAGCGAGAACUCUGGUCUGAAACCAGCAGGUAGGGAUGUGUUUGUGUGUGUGUGUGUGUGUUUAACCAUCUAAUAAUAAUUGCAAUCCAAGAGACACUGGGAGUUUAUGAUAAGCCUUCAUUUUAUUCCUUUCAGAGGUUUCCAGAUAGGGACAAAAAGAUCAAUGUGAUUUCUUUAAACACUUCACAAAGCACACGUUCUGAUUUAAACCCUGGGGAAACUUUGAUGAGUAAUAACCUAAACCCAAUACUCAGCAUUUGCAUAACACUUGGGGGCACUCACGGUGAAGCACCCAUGUUAUGUUACAGUCCUAGCAAAAACCCCUUUAGGAUAGGUUGCUGCUGUUGUUGUUUACACAGUCAGACAGGUGUUAUUGACUGGUUUGUUUUAUCCAGACAUCAAGUCCUUCCCAAGGACCUGGGAUGGCUGAAUUUUAUUAUCAAUGUUGUUGCUGCUAUUAUUAUUAUUACCACUACUGUUAUUAUUUCCCCUUGCAGAUAAAGGGGAUGGCAGAGGCAAGAUCCAAACCCAGGAUUUCUUGGUUCACAGCUCAGUCUCUUAGCCGCUGUGUUACACCAGUUCUGUUAUGGCAGUAAUCGGCGCGUCUUAAAUUAUUCUGUGGGUAGGCUCCUACACCUGCCCCCUUUCUUCCAGAGUUUCUGCCUCUUCUCAGCUUCAAACUGCCAACCACUUCCUCCGGAACCUUCCUCCGGAACCUUGGGUCUCACAAUGCCAUGAGCCUUCUGCGCGACGGACGUCAAGAGAAAAGACGGUUCAGUGGAUUUCUCGCUUACGGGCACAGAAAACAGUUUGUGUCUGCUUUGCCUAUUCAUCCCCAAACACCAGGCUCAGCCUCCUGAUUUCUAUCCAAGAAAGCAUGGAAAUACUGAGAAAGAUAGCCAGUGUUGGGCCCAACAGGGAGGCCCUGACUAUUAAGUUAGUUGUCAUUUCGACGAUUUCCUCCAUAGGAUACCUCCAAUAUGGUUACAGCUUCUGGGUAUCAACAAUCAUAUUUGAACGUAUGAAACUCCUUCACAACAUUCACAGCAACACAACAGAGCAGCGUUCGGAGAUGUCACUUUACAUGGUCAUGAGUAAACUGGCCGUUUUUGUCUUUGCAAUUGGAGGCAUACUUGGUUGCUUUUGCACUGGUCCCCUACUGGAUGGAUACGGCAGGAAAACUACAUUGAUAAUCAAUAGCCUUCUGUCCAUCAUUUCUGCUUUCAUCAUGGGUUACUCCAAUGUGGUAGAUCGCUACGCAUACACACUCUUUUCAUGCUUUUUAUCUGGAGUUUGUUCAGGGAUAGGCUCCUGCGCUAUUCCAAUCUAUAUUGGAGAGCUGUCCCCGUCCAGUGUGAGGGGAGCCAUAAUCUGUUUUGUGACACUCGCCUUUGCUGUUGGGACCUCGAUGGCACAGUUCCUCACUCAAAUCAAAAGCAUCGCAUCCCAUGAAGGCUUGGCAUUUUUGAUGAUCAUCUCUGGAAGCCUGUCUGCGGUGGGAUUCGUCACAAUGCCCUUCUUCCCUGAAAGUCCUAGGUUCCUACUGAUUCAGAAAGGGAACGAAGAGAAAGCAACGGAAGCCUUGAAAAAGCUGAGGGGCACAGCUGACGUGGAAGAGGAGAUCGAAGACAUGAAUCAGGAGGAUAUAAUUGAGAAGGCAGAAAAGGGCAUGGGUCUGUGUAAACUUAUGUGCUUCCAAGGACUACGGUGGCACAUCAUCUCUCUCGUUGUCUUAAUAGUGGGGCAGCAGUUCUCGGGCAUCAGCGUGGUAUACUCUUACUCUGAUGACAUAUUCAUGAAAGUAGGGGUGACAGAGGAGAUGCUCCCAUACAUUGUUUUGACAACCAGCCUAUUUGCCUUCUUAAUAGUCAUAGUGUUGACUUAUAUCAUUGAUUCAGUGGGGCGGAGAAAAGUCCUCCUCCUUGGCUUAGGCAUAAACAGCUUCUUCUGCGUUCUGUUAACCAUGAGCCUCGAACUUCAGAGCAGUGCCCCAUGGAUGUCAUACAUCAGCACAUGCAGUGUCUUCAUCUUCCUCAUUGGACAAAACAUUGGACCGGGUCCUGUUCCCAAUGUGCUGAUGGUGGAAAUAUUCCUUCAGUCAUCCCGGACGUCGGCUUGUGUAUUUGGGAAAGGUUUUCAGUGGCUUCUCAGCUUGAUUAAAACCAUCGUGUUCUAUUUCAUACAGAGCUUUUUUGGGACCUACAUCUUCCUCGUCUUCUGGCCUAUCUGCACAGCCACCCUUAUUUACGUCUUCAAGAUGAUCCCAGAAACGAAGCAAAUGUCCUUUGUAGCGAUCAGGAGGGAAAUGGCAAUCCAAAUUGGUAAGACGAUCAAGGGGCGCUCAGGUCAACAGUUCAGACGCCGUUCAACACAGUCUUCGUUAAGAGGAAGAGCAAAAGGAAGGAGGAAAACGAUGAAACGUUAACGUUGUGCUUCAACUGUCCUGGCUCUGUUGACAGAUGCGCAAUAGUAGUUUCCUUUCUGGUCCUAAGGAAUGGCCUGGCUGUCCCACACUUUGUCUACUCUUAUGACAUAAACAUUAUCUUAAGUUAUAAAAUAUACAUACAAUUAGAGUUGAAUUGAUGAGUUUCUCUCCUCUCUCUAGCCCCCAGUCCCUCCCGCACUCAGUUUCCUGCCUGGCUCUCUGGAUUCUGCAUGAGAUUAGAGGGUAGGGAGGUUACUGGAAGGUGGUUCUCUGUCUUCCUCUCACCCGACAACAUUUUGUGAGGAUCUGAACAAGUUCUGUUGUAUCUCCCUUAACAAUAUUGCCCGUCUGCCUAAAUUAGAUGAGAGGGCAAACUUGAUCUUCCUCUCCAAUAUCUGAAGCAGGGAGGAAAGGUGUCCUUUUAAGUUCCUUUAACCCCCUGAUAGCAGAAAUUGAGAGGUGGAUUGCAUGGGCAGCCAGGUGGGGAGAAAAGAUGGCAUGUCACCAUAAUACUCUUUCCAAAAUGCCCUUUUUAGAGUGAUGGUCUUGUGAUGGGUUUUCCAUCCAAAAGAGCAGUUCCAGAACAUAGGUGAGCUCCGAAAGCUAUUUGUGCUCUUGUGCAAGCACAAAUAGUGUGCCCAGGUUUCAGAGAGUGAGCACACAGCAGCAUGGGGAUGUCUGGAGAGCCUGCAUUCGGCUCCUGGAUGUUAGCCACCAUUUCUUAAAAAAAACAAACUAGUGUCGUUCACACAACCAUUCAAAUCUAGGUUUAAUAUUGGUUACCGGCUUUAGCAAGACUGUGUGAACCCACGCCAAGGUGGGAAUCUCAGAUUCAUCUCGGACCAUAAACCACCUUCAGACUAUUAACAUACAUUGAAUAGAUUGGUCACCCUUUCAGAGGAAAUGUAUGUUUAUUCAAUCCAGAGCAUGAAGUUAGCAUAUUUAUUUAUUAUACUUUUAUGCCACCUGAUAUGUAUAUAUCAUAUGAUACAGCCACCCUCCAGAAGCUACAAACCUCUUAACUCUGGCCAAGAACAAUAAAACAUUGAUUUCUGUAA